AUGGCCGCGGUUCCGGCGUGCAAGGGUCAUGAUGGUAUCGACCAUGUUUGGGCUGCGUUGGGCUGUGCUGCAUUCUGUCUCUUCCGGUGGAUAUUGAUGCUAUUGUUCAUUGUUGUUGGUUUGGAUUUGACACCGCAAUGGAGCGUCAAAGCUUCUCAACAAAAAGGAAAUGGCAGAUGUUUCUCCCUGCACAAUGCAAUAGUAGUCGACUCCUCUGAAUGA